UAUUGCUGUAAGUUGUCACUGUGUGCUCCUGCUGAUGUCGCUGACAUGAGCUCCUUCCAGGGCCGUAUGAAGGAGUAUCCCUCCAUAUCUUUAGACAGGUUCGACAGGGAAAACCUCUCAGCGAAGGCUUAUUUUCUAUCCCAUUGUCACAAGGAUCACAUGAAAGGACUUCGUGCUCCGGCCCUGAAACGAAAACUGCAGUGCAGCCUCAAAGUUUACCUCUAUUGUUCCCCAGUCACCAAAGAGCUGUUGUUAACAAGUCCUAAGUAUGCAUUCUGGGAAAAUCGAAUUAAACCUAUCGAAGUGGACACUCCGACUCAGAUCUCUUUGGUUGAUGAAGCUACUGGUGAUAAAGAAGAUGUUCUGAUCACACUUUUGCCAGCUGGUCACUGUCCAGGCUCAGUAAUGUUUUUGUUCCAAGGACAAAAUGGCACCGUGUUGUAUACUGGAGAUUUCAGACUGGCAAAAGGAGAAGUGGCACGUAUGGAGCUUUUACAUUCAGGAAACAGAGUUAAAGACAUUGAUAGCAUUUAUUUGGACACAACGUUCUGUGAUCCUAAAUUUUUCCAGAUUCCUAGCAGGGAGGAAUGUUUAUUUGGGAUUUUGGAGUUGGUACGCAGCUGGAUAACACUGAGUCCUCAUCAUGUUGUUUGGCUUAACUGCAAAGCAGCUUAUGGAUACGAGUAUUUAUUCACAAACCUAAGUGAGGAAUUUGGAGCAAAGGUACAUGUGAACAAGCUGGACAUGUUUAAGAACAUGCCUGAUAUUCUUUGCCAUGUGACAACAGAUUGCAGGACGCAGAUUCAUGCAUGCCGCCAUGCAGUGAAUGAAGACUUCCUGCGAGGCAACAGAUUGCCAUGUGGAAUGUUUUCAGACGAUGGAGUCCCUUUACGUGUUAUUACCAUUAAACCAUCAACUAUGUGGUUUGGUGAGAGGACGAGGAAAACCAAUGUGGUAGCAAGAAUCCAUGACAGCUCAUAUCGGGCGUGCUUUUCUUUUCACUCUUCAUACAGUGAGAUUCAAGAUUUUCUCCAUUAUAUUCAGCCAAUGAAGGCUUAUCCAAAUGUGAUUCCUGUCGGAAGAACAGUUGUAGAUGUAGAAGAAAUCUUGAAGCCACUUUGUAGAUUGUAUUUAGAAAGCUCUGUAAUGAAGUAUAAGCCACUGGGCAGUCUGAAGCGAACAAGAAAUGUGAAAUUGUUGGAGGAAGAUGAAGAUGGCAAUGAGGAUUUGUUCGAUGAUUACCCAUUGACUCAUUUGAAGCAAAAGAUUUUCAAGGAUGACACAUGGAAAUCAGAGGAAAACCUCUUGUCUGCUUGUUGUGAACAAAGCAAGCCUAGAGAGAACCCCACUACCUCCCCAGCUCCUGCUAGCACACAAAUCAAUUUUUGGGAUUGUGAGGAGUCCAAUGGAGAGGAUGAUGAUGAAGAGGAAGAAGCUGAUACCCCAACGUAUAACCCUAGUGAAAGUGGCAAGUCUUCUGUUGAGGCCACAGAUUUCACUGAAAAGAAACCAGAUGACAGCUGUACAAAGGCACAUGUCAAAGCUGCAGAAGACGUGGUGCCAAAGUGGAGCACUUUCUUCAAAUCUUCUUCUGUGGAAGGGGAUGAAGCCUUGGACAAUGAAAGCAAUGUGGGAAGUACAAGGCAUGACAGGAAUUCACAGUCCCCAAUACUUAUUAGUGAUUCAGAUGAUGAUUCGACUCAUAUAUCCUCCAUGAAUUCCUCCCAGUCUACUCACAUCUCCGAGCAAGGUAGUCAGGGAUGGGACAAUCAGGCUGACACGGUGCUGUUGUCAUCACAAGAAAGGAGAGCUGCUGAACUAGCAUCUGGAUGUAGAUCUUCUUAUUGUAUGUCAGAGAAUGUCUUACCUGGAGAGACCAAGCCAGAAGGAGGACAAGGUAAUACAAACUGUCCCCUUACUCAUGAUGCAAAAAACCUAUAUGCUGCAGUAAGUAAAACACAAGGGGAAGCGCCGGACCAGACAAAGCAUGAGUGUGAUAGGAAUGCACACUCUCAGGGCUCAUCAGACUUCGAGAUACCUUCAUCACCUGGGGCCGAGCUGCCACAUCCAGGCAAACUCCAGUGCCUUUAUCAACAACUUGCCACGGGGGAUGCUAUCACACUUCAAGAAAUUUGACCGUGACAUCAU